GCUGGCAAACAGACUGUGCCACGAGUGAGAGACACAGGGUCGAUUUUUUUCAUUGGCGCAUCAUUCGAGAAUUAACAGUUAUCAGAACCUGCAAGGCAACCAUGAAGGAGCGACGUCUACUCUUUGUGACAUCCGUGAUGUUGGUGAUCAUUGUCUUUCUUCGCGUGGAGCUGGAGAAGUCCUUCAGGAGGAGCCCACUUCCUGCCGUCCUCAAGAGUGCCGUAGAAAACCCGACGCUGAAGGACAGCUGUUUCGACUACGUAAAUUUCACAGCAGAGAACGUCUGCUGCAAGAUGCGGAAAUACACGGCGGGCGACGUGCUGCGCUGCGUCGAGCGGUUCAAUGCGGAGCAAAGGCUACAACACAAGAAGGCAUCAGACACCAUCUUCCGAGCCAACUCGACCGCCUUGCAAGCAGUGACCCACAUUGCCCUGGUGGGAGACUCUCACAUGAGGAACCUGUUUGUGUCCGUCGCCGAGCGUAUUGGUAGUGACAAGCUGCAAUUCAGAAUGAAGUCUGAAAAGGACGUCUGGCGGGAAGCAAAAGGGGUGUUGAAAACAAUGCAUUUGCAGCAGUUCAAAUACACUUCAGAGGUGCGGCACGUGAGCGCCCCUUUCCGAGUCACGUGGUACGCGGAUUGGAAGCUCGACGGUUUCCCCGAACUGAUUCAUCGCUGGGAGACGAACCAGGAGCUCAGACCUUCGCUGGUCAUUACAGGAGGGGGGCUUCAUUGGAUGAAGAACCACCCACCUCCCACGGGGGAUCCUUUCAGGAAUUUCCUCGCCACCCUUGCGCCUCACCUCACGCGUCUCGCCUCCUCCCUGCCAAUCUACUUCAAGCUCAUCGAUUAUGUGCCGAGAUCAUAUACCGAGGUUAAGAGAUAUCCGGACUUUAACCCAAAAGCCAUCACCCUGUACAAUUCUAUAUUAAGACAACAGUUACAGGGAACCGGCGUGGCCAUCUGGGACAGCACACUAAAGUUGUCAAUUGCCUAUACUGAAGAGUGUGUUAGAGUCAGUAGGGUCACGCCACGCAAGUAUGAGUGGAACUGCGCUGACCAUGGACACAUAGGAUACAUCAUGCUGGAACAGUAUACUGACAUGAUAUACAAUGCUUUUUGUAACAGGCUCCUAAACUUGACUGAAGAAUAUUGUAACACUGGAAAUUAUUGA